AUGGAUCUCUUUCAUUUGCUAGGUGGCGGAGCACGAUUCGAUAAAAAUCGAUUCAAAAGCGAUGUAACCCUUUUUGAAGGCGAGAAGGAAGCUAAUCAGAAACAAUCCAGAAAGAAGAAUGCAGCUGUUGUCGAUCCUAACGUUCGUUCUCAGUUGCUUGACGAAAUCGAUUUCUUCAAGACAACUCAUACCAUUGUCAGCAAGAAACCUAAAGCUGAUGACGAUAGUGAGUCUGAAGACGAAGAAUUAGUCGAAAAAACCGAAAUUGUGAAGCCUAAGAAAAAUUCGGCCAAAACGACCAUUUUUAACAGCGUGGAAGAAGCCAAAGAAUUUAGAAAGCAACACAAAAUAAAGGUCUAUGGUACCGACGUACCUAACCCUUUCAGAACGUUUGAAGACUUAGCUUCACCAGCAUACAACUUGAAUCCCGUCCUCUACAGAAAUUUAAUGAAUAUGAAAUAUAAUACACCAACACCUGUCCAAAUGCAAUCUAUCCCUAUCAUGAUGAACGGACGUGACCUCAUGUCCUGUGCUCCUACUGGUUCCGGUAAGACCAUGGCUUUCAUUCUUCCUAUUUUGCAAGAUUUAGAAAAACCCGAGAAAAAGACUAGUUAUCGUGCCUUAAUCAUUGCACCUACCAGAGAAUUGGUUCAACAAAUUGCUCGCGAAGUGAAGCACUUAAGUCAAGGCACCAAACUCCGAGUCAAUGUUUUGACAAAGGCAACUGCUGCUGAUAAAUUACAAACCCCCGAAUCUAGACAAAAGUUUGAUAUUUUGAUUACCACACCAUUGAGAUUAGUGUACGCUAUUAAGGAUAAGGAAGUAGAUUUGUCUGCUGUUAGACAUCUUGUUCUUGAUGAAGCAGAUAAGUUAUUGGAUCAAGGCUUCUUGGAGCAAACCGAUGAAAUUUUUGCCGCUUGUUCUGGAAACAGUAUUCAAAAAUCAUUAUUCAGUGCCACAUUUUCAUCUCACGUCGAAGAACUCGCAAAUACUGUAAUGAAAAACCCUAUUCGUAUUGUUAUCGGUGCCAAGAACGCUGCUACUGACACUAUUAAACAAGAAUUAUUAUUCACUGGUACAGAAGCAGGAAAGAUGAUCGCAUUACGCCAAUUGGUACAAAAGGGUAUUAAGCCACCUGUUUUGAUCUUUGUUCAGUCCAUCGAGCGUGCCAAGGAGCUUUUCCAUGAAUUGAUUUUCGAUGGUAUCAAUGUUGAAGUUAUCCAUUCCGACAGAACCAAAGCUCAGCGUGAUAACAUUAUUGAUCAAUUCCGUGUUGGUAAGAUUUGGGUCUUAAUCGCUACAGAAUUAAUGGCGCGUGGUUUGGAUUUCAAGGGCGUUAAUUUGGUCAUCAAUUACGAUUUCCCUCAAACUGUUGCAAGUUAUAUUCAUAGAAUCGGUCGUACUGGUCGUGCUGGCCGUCAAGGUGAAGCUGUCACAUAUUAUACUCAAGAUGAUUUACAAUACAUGAAAGGUGUCGUUAACGUCAUGAAAGAGUCUGGAUGUGAUGUGCCUGAAUGGAUGCUGAACAUGAAGAGUUUAAAUCAUAAUCAAAAACAAAAAAUGCGUCAAGGUCUCUCUCGUGACCAUAUUGAUAGUACCUCCAAGUUUGACAAAUAUAAUCAAACCAAAAAGAAGUAA